AUGGACUCGUCCGCUUCCAACUCGCCUGCGCCUCAGCAGGGCCACGCUGGGCAGCAGCAGCCUCUGUUGAGUGCACCCAACGCCCAGCAGGAUUCGUCGCAGGCGUCGGCGCAGCCUCAGCAGCAUCCGUCACCCGUCUCUCCCGCUUUCCCUCCCUCGGCUUCGCAACAGCCUACGCCUGGCCAGGCCGCCGACAACGGUCCCCUCCUCCCUCCACACCCUGUAGCGUCUUCGGCAGGCCCGUCGACCUCUGCGCCGUCCCCCGCACCUCCAACGACCCGCUCGACUCGCAAGACUGCCCCACCCAUCAUCGCGUUCGACCCGAGCGCCGACGGUUCCGACGACGACGAUGACGACGAGGAAGGAGGCCCGAAGAAGAAGCGUCGCGCGACUGCCGGCGCGAGGGCGUCGAGCGCCAAGGGCAGCGGGAACGAGGCGGGAGGGUCGGCGGGUCCUGCAGACCCCGACGACAAGGGCAGGAGGAAGAUCGAGAUCGAGUACAUCCAGAAGAAGGAGAAGAGGCACAUCACGUUCUCGAAGCGCAAAGCCGGCAUCAUGAAGAAGGCCUACGAGUUGGCGACGCUGACGGGCACCGAAGUCCUGCUGCUCGUCGUCUCAGAGACUGGCAUUGUCUACACGUUCACGACGACCAAGUUCCAGACGCUCGUCAGCGCCAACCCGGACGGAACGCCAAGUGAAGGUCAGAAGCUGAUCCAGAAGUGCUUGGCCGUCUCCCCCGACGACGAGAACAGCGACUACAUCUCGCCGCCUCCCGACGGUCCUCUCCUCCCCCUACCUCCUUCCGCCCAGAAGCGUCCGUUCGAAGCGAACUCUCCCAUCCAUGGCGGCCAGAUCGCCCUCAGGACGAGGCAGCAUCGUCCGCGCGCCAAGGCCCGUCCUCCGCCCAUCGCCACGCAGGCCGCGAACCAGACUCUCCAGCCGCCGCCCAGUAUCCACGGGCAGAUGGAGCAGAUGAACCAGCUCCCGCCUUCGCCUCACCACGUCCACCCGCUCAACCCUCCUCCUCCGCCUGGCUCGAUGGCCGAGUAUCCGCCUUCGCCCGGCUACCCUCCGCCUGGACACCCAAGGAGCGGGCUGCCUUCGCCGGCGCACCCGCCGCAGGAAUACGGCGAGAUGAUGAACGGACAGUACGGGCCGCCUGCAAACUACCCGCCUCCGCCUGCGCUUGGCUACACACACCAGCUUCCCAACCCGAACCGUCCGCCUCACCCGCUCGACCCGUACCCUCACCCGCAACACCAAGGCUCGCCCUCUUCCUCUCCCCGCCAGCCUCGCCAACUCCCACCACCGCUCUCUCCCAUGCACGCUACCUACCACCCUGCGCCCCCUCGCUCGAUGCAAGAUCCGUACGGCGACCCUCGCUACCCUCCCCCUCCUCCCGCCGGCGAAGACAUGCACAUGAUGUCUCCCCUCCCUCAUCCGCCUCCGAUGCACCAUUCCCAGCCCGCACCGGGUCUGCCUCAGCCUCCGCCGGAGAUGUACAUGCACCAUGGCCCGCCGCACUCGCAGGGUCCGCCGAUGCAGCCUAGUCCUAGGCAGGUGCCGAUGCAGUAUGAGGGACCGGGAGGUGACGCGUAUGCGAGAAGGUGA